CACACACACAUCCAUGAGCACACACACAUAUACAUAGCCAGAAGCUAUGCUUUUCCUGCUGUCUGCAUGGAGCUCAGGUGUGCAGUUACCUGCUGAGGUGCUCAGAGUCAGUGCAUCGUGGAUCAUACAUUGAGUCAGCAGCGACAGCAGCUCCAGCACUCCAGCCCCACAAGAUGAUCUGUGGCCUGCUGCUCUUGUUGGUGGUCCCUGGUGCACUGCUCCAGGAGGAGUGCCACGGGAGCUCCUGUAACCCCCAGCUCGGUGACCUGAUGGUGGGUCGGGCUGCUCAGCUAUCAGCCUCCUCCACCUGCGGCCUGGACGGGCCCCAGAACUACUGCAUCAUCGGAUACCUGGAGGAGGAACAGAAGUGCUUCACCUGUGACUCCAGGCAGCCCUACGACCGCCAGAGUAACCCCGACAGCCACCUCAUCGAGAACGCCAUCACCAUCUUCGACCCCGAACGCAGGAUGCGCUGGUGGCAGUCUGAGCCCGGUGUAAAUCAAGUCAGCAUUCAGCUAAACCUAGAGACCCUGUUCCAGUUCAGCCACCUGGUGCUCACCUUCAAGAGUUUCCGCCCGGCGGCCAUGCUGGUGGAGCGCUCCAAGGACUUCGGCCACACGUGGAAGGUGUUCCGCUACUACGCAGAGGACUGUGCCGCCCACUUCCCCUGGGUCUCAGCCGAGCCGUCCGACAGCGUGGACGACGUGGUCUGUGACAGCAGAUACUCGGGCUCACAGCCGUCCACCGACGGAGAGGUGGUUUUAAAAGCUCUGGAUCCUAUAUUUGAUAUUGAAGACCCGUACGCACCCAACAUUCAAGAGCUGAUCACCUUGACGAACAUCCGGGUUAACUUCACGCGUCUGUUCACGCUGGGCGACACCCUGCUGGGCCGCCGCCGGAGGAACCCCCAGGACAAGUACUACUACGCCCUGUUCGACAUGGUGGUGCGGGGCAGCUGCUUCUGCCACGGCCACGCCAGCAGGUGCAGGCCCGUCGACGCCGGCCGGGGAGACGUCUUCAACGAGCCCGGCAUGGUACACGGACGGUGUGUGUGCCAACACAACACGGCAGGGGACAACUGCGAGAGGUGCGAAGACCUCUACAACGACGCCCCCUGGCGGCCAGGCAGCGACGACGAACCCCACACCUGCAGGAGAUGCAACUGCCACGGCCACUCGGAGCAGUGCCGCUUCGACCCGGCCCGCUACGAGGCCACGGGGCGGCUGAGCGGGGGCGUGUGCGUGGACUGUCGGAACGAGCGCGUGGGCCCGCGGUGUGAGCAGUGCCGGCCCUACCAGUACCAGGACCCCUUCAAAGCCCUGGAGGACCCGCGGGGCUGCAUCCCCUGCGACUGUGACCCAGUGGGGUCCCAGGGUGGGGGCCUGUGUGAGUCUGCCACAGGACAAUGUGUCUGCAAGGAGAACGUUGAGGGCCAGCGCUGCGACCGCUGCAAGUAUGGCUUCUACGGCCUGCGAGAGGACGACCCCGCCGGCUGCCAGAUGUGCCUGUGUAACUCACAGGGCACCAUGCCCUCGGCCCACCAGUGCGACCAGGUGACUGGAGAGUGUAUGUGUGAACCCCUGGCUACUGGCCGCUACUGUGAUGAAUGUCUGCCAGGGUACUGGGGUCUGGGGAACACUGUUCACCGCUGUGCCCCCUGUGACUGUGACUCUGGAGGAGCAGUAGGCAGCAGCUGCUCUGCUGAAGAUGGGAAAUGUGAGUGUUUGCCCAACAUGGCGGGGAGGAGGUGCAAUGAUCCCGCCCAUGGAUACUUCCUGCCCCCGCUAGACUACUUCCUCUAUGAGGCCGAGUUCGCUGGGCCGUUACAAGGCAUAAGUUCCUCUUCUUUGGUCAACCCCUCGGCUCUGCCUAAGUGUGAGAAGUACUUCCGGGAGCAGGGCUACGACUUCAAGUACAGCAACGGCCGCCUGGUCCUGGUGCGGAAGACCAAGAGGCAGGCCCGCAGGAGGAGACAGGGAGAGCAGAGGACCAUCUCUUUAGAACCGGGGAGCCCCCUGCAGAUUGUCCCCCGCCAGAGGACAGCAGACAGGCAGGUCACCUGGACGGGCCCGGGAUUCGUCAGGGUCCAGGAUGGGGCGGGGCUGAGGUUCACCGUCGACAACCUGCCCAGCUCCCUCGACUACCAGCUGGUGGUCCGCUACGAGUCGGAGUCCCCAGACGAUUGGCUGGCCUCGAUAAGCGUUGUUCCCUUGUCGCCCGGUGAAGGCGUCUGCCCCAGUGACCCAACAGAAAGUAAAACUCUCCGACUUCCCGGGAACUCCAGGAGCGCCAUUGUGGAUCAGCCCGUGUGCCUGAAUGCAGGGGGGCGGUACUUUGUGGACAUCACCUUCAGGAAAGAGCAGACCUCAAAUCCCCAAUUCAGCUCACACAUCCUUAUUGACUCUAUGGGUUUAAUUCCCCGAAUCGAGUCUGUCCAGGACUUGUGUUCUCGGAGCGAUCUGGAUUCCUACCGGCGCUUUCGCUGUAUCCACCUGGCGGCGCAGGCGGGCCAGCAGGAGCAGUGGCCGGAGGUGUGUGAGGAGCUGGUCAAGAGCCUGUCGGCCCGCAUCAACGGAGCCGUGGCCUGCAGGUGUAACAUCCACGGGUCGGUGGGCCAGUCCUGCAGUAAGGUGGGGGGUCUGUGUGAAUGCAAGCCCAACGUGAUUGGUCGAUGCUGUGAGACCUGCGCCCCCCUUACCUUUGGAUUCGGACCAGGCGGUUGUGAACCGUGUGCGUGCGACCCGCGCGGCGCCCUGUCGGAGCUGUGCGACCAGGGGAGAGGCCAGUGCCCGUGCCGGGCGGAGGUGGCGGGCCGGAGCUGCGACCGCUGCCGGCCGGGGUACUGGGGCUUCCCGCUGUGCCGGCCCUGCGAGUGCAACGGCCUGGCGGAGCUCUGCGACCAGGACACCGGCUCCUGUCUGCAGUGCCGGGAGAACUCUGCCGGACACUCCUGUGAGAGGUGUGUGGAAGGUUACCACGGUGACCCAGUCUCCAGAGAGCCCUGUGAGCCAUGCUCGUGUCCAGACAUACUUGGCAGCGGGAAAUUCUUUGCAUCAUUCUGCAACCGAGAGCCAGAGUCCGGCAGUCUUAUCUGCAACUGUCUACAGGGACACACAGGUCCUCGCUGUGACAGCUGUUCGGCCGGUUUCUAUGGCGACCUGGCGGCCCCCGGGGCCCUGUGCGAGCAGUGUCUGUGCAGCAACAACAUCGACCCAGAGGACAGCGCCGCGUGCGACAGGGUGACCGGCGAGUGCCUCCGCUGCCUGCAUCACACGCAGGGAGCGCACUGCCAGGAGUGCAGGCCCGGGUACUACGGCGACGCCCUGGAGCACAGCUGCAAAGAGUGCUCGUGUGACCGGAGGGGGACGGAGGUGACCAAGUGCCCCCUGGGAAGCCCCUGCUUCUGCCAGCCGCAGAGCGGCCAGUGCCCGUGCCGCCCGGGCGCCACCGGGGCGCUGUGCGACGAGUGUGCCGACGGCUUCUGGAACAUCGGGGGGGCCUCAGGGUGCCAGCCGUGCAACUGUGACCCGGCCAACUCCCUGGACGACGUGUGCGACAAGGUGACAGGACAGUGUGUGUGCCGUCCAGAGUUCGGAGGAAGGCAGUGCGAUGAAUGUGGCGAAAACCACUUUGGGAAUCCAGACCUCCAGUGUCUAUCGUGUGACUGUGACCUGGGGGGCUCGGAGCGGCCCGCCUGCGACCCGGACACCGGCGAGUGCCUGUGCCGCGUCGGGGUGACGGGCAUCUUCUGCGACGAGUGCGCCCCGGGCUUCCAGCAGACCUUCCCCGCCUGCGGCCCCUGCCACGCGUGCAACGAGAUCUGGCGCCUCAACAUCAGCGAGGUCCAGAAGGCCUCGCGGAAGAUGAAGGUGCUCAUCCCUCGCCAAGGCAACCAGUCCGGCCACGAGCGGCAGAACCAGCGGAUGACCAAGAUGGAGUCCAGCUUGGACCGGCUAGCCAACCUGACGGGGGGGUCCCCCGCUGUGUUGGGGGACGCGGGGAGGCUUUGGCUCAAUGUCCGGCAGCUCAAAGACAGCAUCGAUCCCAAUUUAAUCUUGGUCGACACGACACCACUGCUCAACACGGAGAUAGACAACAUCCGGAAGGAUUUCAAUAACCUGCUGCAGCGCCUGAGAGACCGGAACCCUGACGACCCUGACGUGGACACGGAGGAAGUAGAAGAGCUCCUGGAUGAGAUAAGGAAGCUCCACAAGGACUUCAUGGCAGAGGAGAAGAAGGUGCACGACGCCGACGCGGCCGUGGAGGACUCCAUGAACACACGGCAGGCCCUGAAGGGCCUCGGGGCCAACUGUGGCGCCAAGGGGAACCUGUCCCAGCUGGUGGACAAGGUCAACGCACUGGACGUGGUCACGCUCAAUGAGAAGAUCUGCGGAGCACCAGGCCACCGGGAAUGUGCCAAGUCUAAGUGCGGCGGGGCGCUCUGCAGCACCUUCUGGGGAACCAAGCUCUGUGGCGGUCCGUCCUGUAACGGCAGCCUUCCACUGGGUCUGGACGCAAAGAAGAAGGCGGCGGAGGCGGAGACCGCCAUCGGCACGCUGAAGGAUCAACUGGAGGCCAGCAGGAGAAAGACCAACGCAACUAAGAAGGUGGCCCUAGAAACGCUGGACCUCUCGGAUAAGCUGCAGGACCGCAUCAACAACAAGAAGGAAGACGUGGAGCGAGAGAAACAGAAAGCCAAGGAUCUGUUGAGACUGGUCCAGGUCUACCUGAGGGAUGAGAUGGUGUCCCCCGACGACAUCGAGAAGAUGGCCCAGGCCGUGUUGAACAUACAGCUGCCUGGUACCCCCGACCAGAUCCGCUCCCUGAUCAAAGACAUCAAAGAGCUACUCUCAAACACCCCCGACCUGAAGAAGGACCUGAGCUGGCUGGAAGAGCAGAACAAGAUAGCCCAGGACCUGCUCCAACAAGCUCUCCAACUCAAAAAUAAAAGUAAAAACAUAGAUGUGACGCACAUCACCGAGGCGCUCUACGCGGCAGAACGGGCCCAGGACACGGCCAACAACGACCUGGAGGACGCCACCAACGCCACAGACAUGAUCAAGGACCAGAUCACUAAUGUGCAGCAGAAGCUGGACGAUGCCGAGGGGGCUCUGAUGAGCGGUCGGCCCCCCGGGGAGCUGCUGGGGGAGAUAGGGGCCCUGAGGAACAAGACCGACCUGAACCGAGAGCAGGCGCUGGAGGCUGGGAGGGCAGCGGACCACGCGCUGUCCACUGCUGGAGAGGCCGAGGCUGAGCUGGACAAGGUGAACAAGAAGUUUAAAGAGCUAAAAGAGAAGAAUGGCAAGCAGAACGCAACAGACAUGGCCAGCCAGCUUCUGAAGGACAUCACCAUGGAGGCAGAGAAGCUCAAGGAGGACGUAAAACGCAAACUGAAGCAAAUCGAAGACCUGGAGAGCAGGAUCCAGGACUCCAUCAGCAGCAAAAACCAAAAGGCCAAAGAGGUGGAAGAUCUGCUGGACGCAGCGGAGGAGUUGAGGCAUAACAUCACCCAAAAAGCACUGGGAUACAUCGACUGCUAGUGCUAACCAGGAGAGGGCUCUCCCUACUGGCUACCGACCGGCACUGCUUGUGUUAACCUCACCCGAUACGCAGGUAGCCGUUGAACGGUAAGGAAAGAUUGGAAAUAGCUGAAUUAUUCCCAGGGAGAAUUAUACACAUAAACGCAAUUUUUUUAUUAUAUUUUUGAUGUUAUUAUUUCUCAAUUGUUAAUACUAAGUGCCUACAUAAUAAAAAUGUAUUGUAUUGUGUUUGUUUUGUUUUGUUUUUUAACCUGUUCAAUAUUUGUAAUGGUUAAUUGGUGAAAUAAAAAUAAAAAAGGAAUUAU